AGCUUUAAACGUGUCAAACGGGCACUAUCAUGAAGUCGCUCAAACACAUUGGACCCGGGAAGCCUGCCCGCUGCUAACACCGACCCUCCUCCUCAGCUUCCGCGGCUCUCUUGCAACUGUCUCGUGGCUCUGAGUGAGUGGCGGCGGACCGGCGAGCUCUGUCUGCCUGUCGGUGUGUGUAUGUGUGUGCGCGCGUGGUGUGAGGCUUUGGAUUGAUGUCUCUGCCUGUCAGGAAUUUAAAGUGUCUCUCGCCGGUCAUGUGCCAGUGUAAGCUCAUCUGCAGCAACCGGACGCUGUCCCUCAUGUUCGGGUGCAAGAAGUACAGGUACCAGGAUGAGGAGACGCCCCCCUUGGAGCACAGUCCAGCACAUCUGGCUCCAGGGAAAAGUGCCGAGAUGCUUCACAUGAGUGACAAGAACCUCGCUGCUAUGGAGGCCAUACAUGGAUACACACCGCACACACACAUCUCUCCUGUCAAGCCUGUGUUGAUGUCUUCGGGACACACUCCAAUGUACACCUCCGCUGUCUCCACACUGGGAAAUACUCCUCCAGUGGUGGUGAACACUGACACUCUCGACGGCUCCCCAUAUGUAAACGGGACAGAAGGAGAAAUUGAAUAUGAGGAGAUCACACUGGAAAGAGGUAACUCCGGCCUGGGCUUCAGCAUAGCAGGAGGAACAGACAACCCUCAUGUGGGCGACGACCCGAGCAUCUUCAUCACCAAAAUCAUACCUGGAGGGGCCGCGGCUCAGGAUGGACGGCUGAGGUAA